AUGAUAAAAAUAAAACCCGGUGGAGAGCUGUUAAAUUACUAAUUCUUAUAGGUAAUUCUUGUUUUAUAUUUUGAAGGUUCCACAAUGUAAUAACUGUGGUACUUAUAUUAGCAAUCUUACUAUAAUAAAAAAAGAUCAAUGGCAAUGCUAAAUUUGCAAACGAUUGUUAAAAUUACCAGUUUGGUAUAAGCAAUAACCUAUUUAAUUUGAUAACUUUGAGAUUGGAUUAAUACAUCCAACUUUUAGUAGAAAAGCUCUUUUUUUAAUUGACGUGACUUCUUUAGUUUUAUGUCGUAUGAUUAUUCCAUUAAUAGAGUCAUCUCUUAAUUAAUUUGAUGAAGUAAUAUUUAUUUAUUUACAUUAAGAUUGCUUUGAUUCCUUGUACUCCACAUCCUACUAUUAUACAAUUUAUCAAUAAUAAGGUCAAUAUCAUAACACUUACUUCAACUGAUCAAGAAUGUAAAUUAGAACUUUUCUAUAAUUGUUAAACUUAAUUCCAAAAAAUUAGACGUAUUUGUAGAAUUAUUGAAUCUCUUGCUUAAUAUAAUCAUAAUGCAAAUGUUUUAAAAUCUAAUUAU